AUGGAGUUGAAGGCAUUUGUGAAGGUAGGUUUGGUGGUGUUCCUGAUGGGGUUGGCAGCAACUACUGAUGCUCGUUAUGAUUCAAGUUCCUUCAUCACUCAGGUGCUCACCAACGGUGGUGCGAAUUACCGAGUCAAAUCCACUUCCACUGCAUGCUGUGAUAAUUGUGUUUGCACAAAAUCAGACCCUCCUCAGUGCGAAUGCCAUGAUGUUAGGGACUUAGACUGUCACUCAGGUUGUGAAAAUUGCGUGUGUAUGUGGAAAUAUCCUCCGGUGUGUGUUUGUAAUGAUGUAACUGACUUCUGCUAUGACAAAUGUGACUCCUCCAAAGCCAAUAAUGCUCACUAG